GGCUGUGGUAACCGUGUUGUAAUAGUCUGUAGAUUCUAUGCGUGGGUGUUCAUAAUCAUCUGUGAAAUAAUUUCAAGUAAAGAGCUUACAAUUAAUUGUAGACUUCGUUCGUUAUUCUAUCGUAGUGCUCCUCCAGCAAAUGGCCGGAACGAUUCACCGUUUCAGGUACUGCCACUGCCAGUAAUAACGCUCAUCACCAGAUCACUGACAUCAGUCAUCUAGAACACAACGGGUGGAAGGUCGCUUCGACGCGCAUGAUUUUGCCGAAGUAUCUAUCGACUACGGUUGAAGUAUCCUGUGGGCAGGCCGGACCAGAAUGCAGAAAGCGGAAAUCGUCCUUGGUCCAUCGGAGAUGGAUACAGUACCCUCGCCAGCCGUGGCCGGAGUGUUUGUCAGUGGAUUCAGCAAGCUGGAGCUGGUGGCUCCUGUAACUGUAAGGCCACGGCUCGUAACGCUACUCAUUGAAGAUGUCUUGAAAAUGCACAUGCCGACGGAUGCGUAUAGCAUUGAGUUCAUACGGCCGGGCAUGGCCAAAGUAAUUCUGAAAGGAUUAACCGUGAGCGUGGAUGAAUUGUUACCGAACUUGAACAAGACUGCUGGACAACUUCCACUUCCGAGGUCGGAUAUAACUGGCCACCUACACUUCUCAGCUGAUGACUCUAAGGUAGCGGAUGGGUCAGCGGAAUUCUAUGAACGAGAAGGCAGUGGUAUUCGUGAUGGUGAUGCUGGUGCUGAAACAACUACUGGAAAUGGACAGACAGAUGUGCAACAAUACGCUAGAGAGCUGCCAGUUUUCCAAGGAUGUAUCAGUGAUAUAAGCAUGGAGCUACUAUAUUACAUGUGGUGGCAGUUUGAAGUUGCCGGCAGAGCACAACGGGCAGGCUGUAUAGCUGGACUGCGAGAUGAGGUGCCGGCAAGGCUUGAAGUCUCGUCUACCAACGAGCAGGCGUUCGUACGGUUCAUGGAUGAACUACGAGGCCAGCAUGACACUGUUUGGAGUCAUCACCAAACCUUCCUCCACGUGCCCAUGCAAAUGAGUGCAGUUGCGCAGGAACGACUGGUCAAGUUGGCGAGAAACCAAAGCAAUUUCUCCCACUUAACAAUUUACAUUGCCCGGCAGAACAUCACAAUUCUGGGCAGGACAAGUAAAGUUCGGCAAGCUUGCCGGCUGUUUAUGGAGCAAAGCAUGAGCUUAUUUGGAACCAUGAAUGGUAUUCAGGAACAAAGCCAGAGUACUCACGAGGAGGAGCGCAAUAGUCAGCCGCAACAUGGGACCAAUGGGUCAGUAACUGCCAGUGGACCAAGUGUCACUGGCUUGGAAGAGAACACAGAGAGUCCUACGGUGAUGUCAUCUGCGGAUCACCACUCAUUGUCCUGUACCAGUGAAGUAGACAACAGGUGUCCCGUCUGCUACGACUCUGGAGAGGACGUCGUGCACCUGGACUGCUCUCACGUCAUCUGCUCUGAUUGCCUGGCAGAAAUGCGAAGUAGGCGACAGUCAAAGUGCCCCAUCUGCUCCGUCGCCUUUGACAAGAUCCUUGGCGAUCAGCCUGACAAUGCCACAAUGGAGCACUCUGUCAUCUCGACAGCUCUGCCUGGCCAUGCGGGUCAUGGAACAAUCGUGAUCACGUACGUGAUUCCUGGAGGUUACCAGAAAUCGUAUCAUCGGAAUCCUGGUCAACGCUACCACGGUGACACGAGAGUAGCUUUCUUGCCAGACUCCAAGCAGGGUCGUAACAUGUUUCGCCUGCUUUGCAAAGCGUUUGAGGCGAAACUAACUUUCACGAUUGGAUUCUCCGUUACUCGCAAUGUUGACAAUGUUGUGACCUGGAACGACAUACAUCACAAGACAAGCAUGCACCCCGGACCAUUUGGAUAUCCUGACCCCGGCUAUCUGGGUCGUCUUGAGGAAGAGCUUGCAGCUAAGGGCAUCAAGUAGGCCAGCACUAUGAACAGUAUGGAUGGAGAUGCAUUUGGAAAAAUAUUAUCAAUUUUCACUGAAAGGAUUCUACCGGUGUUGACAUACUGAACAAAGUAGAAGAGUGUAAUGCCAACGUAUUGAAAUCCUUAUCUCUUUCCAUCAUUUCUCCACCGUUAUCUUUCUGCUUGAAGCACAAUUUUCUUGACUGUUUCAGGACACAACCACACAUGAAGCUACAUUCGUUGCUGUUGUUUUUCUUCUUUUUGUAGCAAAACUUGUGUUUUUGGCACCCUGCAGACACAUUCUGUUUGUAGCAUUA